GAGUCGGAAGUGUUGCCACCCGGAAUAAACAUGAAGUAACACUAAACAAAGCAAAACACGCGCGAUUUUGCAAGAGCUUUUGCAGAUUAACUGUUGUUGUUUUCUUUAUGUGAGUUUUAUGCAUCAUAAAUCCGGUUAAAUUGAAGGGUGCCCAUCUCAAUUACAUGUUGAAAAUUGCAUAUUUUUUAAAACGCUAGAAUGCUCACUAUUGGUAACAACACAUUUUGAAAGUGUUGUUUGGGCACUGUGAAUGUAAAGCUCUUCUUUUCUUCCUACAUUUUAUUUUUUUAUUUUUUAUAAGAUUGAAGAAUGAAGCGAUCUUGUUCCCCUUUAGAUUCUUCUGGAAGCCGUGGACAAAAUAUCAAAUUAUUCCAAUCUGAAGUUUUAGCCAAAACUGUUCAACAUCUUCAACAUGACCUGGAUUAUGAACGAGCCAUCCAAAAACUUGAGAAACGCUUUGAGAAGAUUACAAAGAGAGCAGAAACAGCACUCACUGCCCUGAGGUCAAACAAAAAGAGUUUGCCGCUGUCUUGUGAUGAUGACGAUGACGAAGUCAUUAUGUACGUAGGACAAAACACUUAUUAUUCAAGAUCAGUUUGCAUUUAUGAUCAAAUCUUGUGAGUUUUUACAAUGUCAUGUCUUCCUCACCAGAAUAGAUUGCGAUGAUGAAUUGGUGCCACACAGUAAGAGCCCAGUACUAUUACAACUAACUGUUGUGUAUUUGUAAAUUACUAUUUGUUUCACAUGUGUAUUUAUUUAUCUGCAGAAAAAAGCAGCAGAAAAGAGGAAAGAGAAGAAAAUGGGAACAACGAUGUCUUGGAUACCACCGAAAAUAUUCAAAAGGAGUUGAAUCAAAUAAAAGAAGAUCUACCACAUAUAAUGAACACCCUAACCAAGGAAUGUGAUCGUCAGUCUGCUCCUUCUUCUAAGAGUGAGCCCCUGACUACGCCGAUGAAUGAAGAAUCCAUCUCUGGCUGCCAUGGCAACAACAUCCAGCAGACAAACCCACAGCAGUAUGAAGCUGGGUAUCCUCCUUUGCACAUUAACCCUUUCCCGGCUAAAUUGACCAUGGAGGCUUUGUCGUACAACAUCCCCCAUAAAGUGAGCGUCCAACUGGCUCUUAUCGAAAAUCCCGCCGGCCUCUCAGUGAUGUGGACUGCGGAGGAAAUUAAACUCUCUUUACCACAGAUGCAGAGCUACAGCAUUUACCUAACCAUGGAAAAGGUCAAGGGAAGCGGAAUUUUGCCAGACUGGAAACUGUUGGGCAACGUGCCGGCCAAAUCUCUGCCCAUGUGGGUGACCAUCACUAAGUACAAAAAGGGGCACAAGCUGUGUGUCGUCGUGGUAGGCAAGGACAUUUUUGGCCGCUACGGACCCUAUAGUGACGUUGUAGCUGCAGUCGUUCCCGAGUAGCCCCAGAGGACCUCAUGGAAUCAAAUCUGAAGUCCACGUAUAUGUUCUGUUUUUGCUGCACAUUAAUACAUUUUUCACAGUAUCUUUUUAAA